AAUACUUCAAUUGAACUGUAGAAGACAUCGUCGAGCACAUCUUGAAUAACUUGUAUCAAUGUAUUUUUUGUCUUUCACCAAACCCUUUUUCCAUCACUUGCUUUUUGUUCUGAUAUGUCUGGAGCUAAGUACUCUGCAUGGUUAUAGCAGACCCAAGAGAUUUAUUGAAAAAUACGUUACAGCGAAUACAGAACGACAAAACCUUGAAUGUAUACCAGGAGUUUUUGCUGUGUGGAAGAAAAACAAUCGUUCUAUUGUUUUGCCUUCCGAUCAGAGUUUGAAGUUGAACUUUGAUCUUCAUGAUUUGCAACCUAAUGUUUUUCCCAUAUUAUGCCCAAGAUAUUCCGUAUAUGAUACAUACACCUGUCAUAACAAGACAAAUGGUCCAAUUUUAAUGAUUUUUCAUGUAAAUGUCACCGGUAAAAGAGACUGGUGCAGAAGGGGAGACAAAGAAAAAAUCAAACCAGAGAAAGAAGAAUGUUGCGUUCCAUUUUUGGCAAAAGAUGUACCAUGCUGCAUGAGCAUACCAGUUGGGCCAAAAGAGAUGAAUGUAUCUCUGUCUUUUUCAAUGACAAAUAAAUGCAACAUGUACAAAGGACCUAGUUAUAUAUCAAACCCCUGGAAAAUCCAUGUCAGUUGGACGAAAAGCGUUAUAGGUUCAAGUGGUACAUUGGGAUGGCAAGUCACUGCUUUUGGCUUAGACGGCGAUCCUAACUAUUGCGUUUGUUUUCCAAAAAACUCUAGGGAAAAAAGCGUGGAAUUUGUCUCGAGGUUCUUCCUCAUGGGAGCCAAAUAUAAAAUCACAGUUCAAGCUUUGCCACAAUCCGGUGGGCAUGGUGAACCAAAUGCAUUAUCGAAAGAAAUCGCCCUACCAAAGCUGCAGGAUAUGUGUGAACCAAUUGGUAUUAAUUGUGGCUGGGAAGUUUGCUUUCCUGUGAAAAAUUUGACGGCGACAAACAGUUCAGUGACUUCGCUUGUGUCGUGGCAAUUUUCAGCCUUUUAUGCUUCAAAACGACAUUUCGUGAUUUCAUAUUUCGAUGAAAACAAAACUGACGUCGGAGACAAACUAGUGAUUGAGGACUCGUAUGUGAAUCUUACUAAUCUAACAUGUAUGGGAUGCAAAUAUUUUGUGCAGGUGCAACCGCAAUUUUAUAGUUACAACGAUGGAAUUAAAGACUUUGUUUAUGGGAAAAUCAGCGAGGUGACAUUUUUUACUAAUAAAGAAAAUGUGCGUUCUGAAAAAAAUAAAGGUGGAAUCUCAUGGAAAAUAAUCACAGCGAUAACUAGUUGUUUUACUGCUCUUUUAAUUGUCAUAGUUUUUUUGAUUAUAAGAAGACGUCGACCCAAAGAAAUUCUCAUUUCGAACAUUCCAGAUCCUUCGUCACCAAAAGCAAACGUUUUUCUCGUUCAUUUUGGACACUGCGAGCAUUGUAAAAAUGCAGCACAUUCACUGGCAAAUGUUCUCUGCGCUACUGGUUACAUCAACUGUCAUUUAGAUCUUUGCUCAACUGGACCAUGCACUGAAGGCCUGGACUGGUAUGAAAACAAGCUAGAAACAUGCGAAAAAGUUGUCAUUAUUUUCACUAACGAGUCAAUGAAUCAAGAUCCGCGGAUGAACAUUCAGCUAUCUUCAUUCAAGUUUGUGCUUCGAAUGAUUAAGGGUCAAAUAGCUCAUGGUAACAACAAUAAGCCAAUAAUAAUUCCAGUUUGUUAUGAUGACGAUCCUUCCGAUGUUAUACCGUUAUACUUGCAAGACCGGAGACACUACUCCCUUCCUUUGGAGACAAUGGAACUAUUGUUAUGCCUUAUAGACCAGACUAGCAGAGAUAUAGGAAAUUUCAUUGAAAUUUCAAUUAAUGAAAGUCCAAAGUUCCGCCAAACAAUGAGAAACUUGGAAAAGGCUAUUAGAAGGCUAAGAAUAACUCAUGGCCAUGAUAACUAGCAAUUUUUUAAUGGUUGGCAUCUGUUAUAAGAUGAUUGAUUAUCCUUCGCAAGACAUCAAACAAAUAUUGUAUGACUACAUUUGUUGAAGCCUGCUGGAAGCCGGAAUAACAUUUGUCUGGUGAUUCAAACUUGACUUGAUUUAACAAAGGAUUUUCAAGCUACGUUGCCGUCAUUUACUGAAUCCUGCCAAGCUUUUUUUGAAAAGUAAUAGAGGAAUUUCAUUGGCUAGCAGGUUAUAUUAUCAAUUCUAAAAGAGAAGUGGAUCUUUCAUGGAUGAUUUUCAUUCUCACGAGAAAAUGGACGGGCCUCGUUGCUAUGUAUAAUUAUAAGACAUCAGGCAAACAAAACUGAACGCUGAAUUUUAUAGAAAGCCAUGUAUAUAUGUACAUAUCAAUAGAAUAUAUAAAUCGUUUUGAUUCUGAUUA